AUGCCUCCAACCCAUCUUCAGUAUACAAUAAACAUCAGCCCUCCUGCAUCCCCCAGUGGCUGUAAUUCAUUUGACAGCGAAAAUACUCAUGAAAAUCUUGACCUCCAUCACGAACUACAAUCCAUUAGCCCUCUUGCCGAAUACCCCAAAUCACAAUUAAUCCCACCCCGGCCUGUCAAACAAGACAAACAGCAAGGACUGCUGGAAAAUACACUUGAAACUGUUAGGACUUCUUUGGUUUAUAUCGAGCCACAAACACAUGCCCUUGAUUCAGUCUCCUGGCCACAAACAUCCCCGUUAGACACUACUUUCACUGAAGGAGAUACAGAGCAGCCGAUGACAAUCAGAGCCACUUCGACUAUCAUAGAACCAGGCACUAUGGAAGUAGGAGAGAAAAAUGGUAAUGGCGAGGAUGACCUGUUAAAAAAACUAUGUGAAUUUGACUCAGACUUGCCCUUUGAGCAGGCAAACUUGAUGCCUGAGCUGCAUCAAGAGAAUCCUGAGGAAGAGGCAGAUAGUGAAGAAUUAGAAGAGAUUUAUAGUCCUGAUGGCGGCAAAAAAGAGUGGGAACUGGGUCGUGAACAAUUGUGUCAAUGCUGUUAUUUGCAGACUUUCAUUGACCAUUUGGAAGGUAAGACGUGCUUAAGGAGAGUGAUACUGCCUUUAUUUUUAGAUGCAAACUAUAUUAUAAUUUUUCUUCCUAUUUACUCACUUCUCCUAAGGCCUAACAGCCCGAUAGAAUUUCCCACUGGGCUCGUGAAUAUUACCAAUAAUAUCAGCCUGAUCUGCUUAAGAACCAAACUCCAAUAUUGGCGAGUUAUACCUCGGGACAUGUCCGGAAGCCUAGUUGAAUGA